AUGCUACCAGGAACAAUCUGUCAGUCAGUGGACGGUGGACUGCUGGUCACCUUGAGAGACAACAAAUCAGAGCAUUACAAUUUGGACUCGUACAGCAGACGUAUCGUGAGACACAUCACAGUGACAGAGGAUGUCAUCCGUGAGUAUGAGUACCAGGAGGACGGUCAGACCAGACUGUUUACAUUACCAGUCAGAGUCACACAGAACAGUAACAGUGAUAUCUGUGUUGUGAACUAUACUAGUCCCUCUACAGGUGAUCUAGUAAUUAUGUCUUCUUCUGGUCGUAUGAAGUCUGUUUACUGUGGACAGAACCUAACAAAGAACUUUUAUCCAACUGAUGUAGUGUGUGACUCCCUCUGUAACAUCCUUAUUACAGACCUAGGUAACAAACAGAUCCAUCUGCUGAGUCCUGAUGGGGAGUUCUUCAAGUUCUUGCUAAAAGAGAAUGAAGUGAACCGUACUUGCAGACUAACAAUGUACAAGUCUACACUGUGGGUGGGAUACAAUGAAGGCUUUGUCAAAGUGUUCAAAUGUAAAAUGUAA